UGUGCGUUGGGUGUGUGUGAGGACAGAUCAGCUGGUCGCCAUGGUGAAGAGCUGGAGGAGGGCGGAGCUAAAAACACUGACCAGAACAAAACAGGUGGACAGAACAAUAGGUGUGCUCAUCCGGUGGACAGCGCAGGUCGUUUCUCCUUCAUGACAUUUCAUUGGCUGACUCCUCUGGCUGUUACCGCCCGCAGGAGAGGAUGUCUCCUAUUGGACGACGUCUGGCCGAUGUCACAGCCAGAAAGUUGCCAUGCCAACAGCCAGAGGUUGGCGUCCCUGUGGGAGGACGAGCGGAGGUCAAAGGGCAGCGGGGCGUCCCUGCGUCGGGUGGUUUGGUCUUUCUGUCGGACUCGUCUCCUGCUGUCCAUCCUCUGUCUCACCGUCACACAGCUGGCUGGAUUCACUGGGCCG